GCAUAGCUACAAGGCAGGAGGGUGGGACUUUCUAGGUUGGGAUGAGUGUAGAGCAAUUGGAUUGGAAGGAAGAGUGAGAAGUGCAGGCUUGGCUGACCCUUUCUCUGCUUCAGGGAAAACGAAGUUUGGAUCCAGACGUCCUGCACGGUGAAAGCUUUCCCUUUGAAUUCGUUGAGGAUGCCACUUGCAAGCAAAUAUUAUAAAUAAGACUGUCUUUAUUGGUAACUUGUGUUUUUUUUAAAAAAAAUCCCUGCCUUGAAUCUUCUUUGGCUCCGUAUCCUGUUGAGUUGGCUUUGGACUAUAAAUAUGAGUUGAUUGUAACAUUAAUGGUUUUGCAUUUUAGAAGUUUUUCAUGUUGGCUUUCCUAUGAGGAUUGCUAUAGAACUCUGGCAAAUUGUGAAAAGAGUCAAGCUUGAAAUCAUCGUUCCACAGCUGCCCUCUGUCUUUCAUGUGCUCGCGAAAUUCAGGAAGUCUUCAAAGGAUGACUAGUGCUAGAUCAGACUUCUGACCAUCCCUGAACACCAGUGGUCAUGCUCUUAGACUCCAUUGUCAGAAUAAAAUUCAUCUGGUAUUGGCUGGAUGAAACUGGCAGGUGGAUUGAGUAUGGGAAAAAGCAUUUGGAGCACUGCACUGCCACAAUAUCAUCUGGCGAGCUGGAGGUCGCUUAUCAGGCUGACCGCAGAGGCAUUGUCUCCUUCCAGGCUGGUACGCAGUCCUAUGAACUAAAUUUCCAAGAGAUGGUUCAGAGAAAUAUGUAUUACCGAACCCGGAGAAGAGUCUGCAGGUGGCCCAAGCUGGUUUUCUUUGGAGGUGAACGCGAAAGUGAGAUGAGCAGUCGCUUUGAAUCUUCUCUUCCCUUCACCUUCUUUCCUUCAAGCUGGGACCAAUCAGCACUGCCUGACAUAGGCUAUAAGUUGGUGGAGAUCUCUGAUUCUACUGAAGAAUAUAAUGAAAUCAAAGAACUUUUUGGGAAGACUAUGGAGAGUUAUGUUAUCAACAGACUCCAAAGGAUUCAGAACCCUUCUCUUUGGCAAGUCUUUCAGUGGCAGAAAGAGCAGAUGAAGAAGAUGAAUGGAGGGAAUGAGGUAGACGAAAGGCUCUUAUUCCAUGGCACCAGCAAAUCCCAUUUGCAUGACAUCUGCUGGCAGAACUUUGACUGGAGAAUCUGUGGGACCCAUGGAACACUCUAUGGAAAAGGAAGUUAUUUUGCCAGAGAUGCCAGUUACUCUCAUACGUAUUGCCAGUCAGAUGCCCGCACCAAGACCAUGUUUGUAGCUAGAGUUCUAGCUGGAGAUUACAUUCAAGGAAAUGCUGCUUACCUUCGCCCUCCAUCUAGACCUAACAAAUCAAACAGCUUUUAUGAUAGCUGCGUGGACAAUCUCCUGGACCCUUCUAUUUUUGUCAUCUUUGAGAAGCAUCAGAUUUACCCAGCAUAUAUAUUGGAGUAUGGGCUUGCGUCCUAUUGUGUGGUCAUGUAAAAAGAGCAAUCUUCUCCCCCACACACAUACACUUAAACAUGGACUUAAAAUCUUUUUACAUAUAUAAAAAACUUAAAACUGUUUCUUAUUUAAAAGACUGUUGUGAUUUAUUUCACUUCUGGAUUGUAAAAAUAUGAAAUAUUAUGAACUGGACAACCCAUAUCCUUUUCUGGAUUAUUGGCAUUGUUUUAUGGUGAACUGGAGCUGGAUUUGUUUGAAUAAAAAUAAAUUUUUGACA